GUCUUGACCAGGACCUCAUCAAAUCCCCUCGUUCUCCAUGAACAACAUUUUGGUCGGAUGGUCUUUGCGUUAUGCAAUUACCCAGCUCUUCUGACUUCGGGGAUCCUCACUGAUAUUACUAUCGACACUAGUGUUCGACAGGAACACAGAGUAUUUAUGGAACUAGUAGAUUCCUACCCUGGUCUUCUGGAUCACCUGACGAAUGACGAGGAGGAGGAUAUUAUAUACGUAGGAGAAUUGCUAGGUAAAGGAGUGUCUGGUGCGAGAGGUGAUGACACUAAGACCCUCAAAUCUGCCGUGCUCAAAUGGCUUGUUCCCAGGGGACAGCCGGUCAUACUGCCUCUAUCUCAAAACAUUAAGUCUGACCGUGGGUUUAACCAUGAAGUAACCGGUGCUUUGCUCUGCCCCGCAGGCCUCAAUUGGUCCAAUUCAGAUACUAAACAGAGUCUCAAGAGCGGUGAAACCACAGUGCGUGGCGACCAGUGGCCCAUGUUUUUGUAUGCUGGAUAUGCAUAUGAUCCUGAAGAUCCCUGGAAAGGUCUGUUGAGGAGCGAAAUACUUGUCUUUGGCUUCAAACAUGUCUUCACGUCUCCAAGCUCGGUAGAGAAGGAGCCAAAAGCCACAUGCUCCGGUAAUGCUUAUCUGCACGGUAUGAAGUCGGUGACUAAAGGAUCUCUUGCCUAUAUUGCCACACAGGUUCAGUUUUUGUUAUGCUCGUCAUCCGUAUUUUCCCAUACUGACACAGUGAUGGACUCAGAAAAUUUUUAUCAUAGCAUUCUUGACCUAUUGGAAGAUCCUGAUGAAAGCCAGGAAGUAGUCGAGCUGAUGACAUGGUGGACGUGUCAGGUUUUUCCUAAUUCUUCAUCUGCACAGCGCAGUAUCAGCAAAAACAGUGCUGUCGAAGAUUCGGGAAAAAUGUGCUGCCCUACAAGCCAUUGCCAGUGCUAG